AUGUCGGCGGUACCGAAGACUGAAGUCAAAGAUGAGACGCCCGAAGUCACGGCUCGGCGGCUCAAGAAGCGUGAGCUAGACCGCAAGGCCCAGCGCAUGGCCCGCGAGCGCACAAAGAGCCGCAUCGCCCACCUCGAGGAGCUCGUCGGCCAUCUAUCCCACAAUGACACCAACGCCGAGGUCUCCCACCUCAUGGAGCGCCUGCUGCAGACAACCCAGGAGCGGGACAAGCUCGUAGGCGUCCUGGCCUCGUUGGGCACCACGAUCCGCCACCAUACCGACGCCCUGACGGCAGCCCAAGCAGAAGGAUCGUCCAGUGCUGUCGUCGCCGCCAUGCAAGCCCUCAGUGACCGCAGCGAGCGAAACGUAGACGUCAAGCCCUUUGACCAGCAGGCACAAGCGCAAGCGCCACCCCAAGUUCACAACCACGGCCCGCUGACGACGAGCCACGGACAUCGUGAACCGUAUGCCCCUACUGAUCCUCACAUGCAGCAGCAUCCGUCGGCUCCGCCGCCGCCGGCAUACGGCUGGGGGUUCGAGAACCCCGACCUGCACCAGCAGCACCAGCACGCACAAAACACGGCAGCCAUGCCAACAUAUUCUUCACAGGACUUUGACAAGCUGCCGCCGGGAAAUCCGAUCGCUAUGCCGAGGAGCGACUCGGAGUUCUCUUCAGAGACCAACAUUUCGGGAGAACACUAUAUGGUGCCACCAUCAACAUGCCACCCACAAUGCGAAUGCCUCACCAUCAUAGAACCGCCGCCAGGCCACCCCGGAAGCGGCCGCAACACAUGGCGCGAUGCUAACAUCGCUCUGGGGAAGUCUGUGAAGCUGUUGGAGGCGGAUGCUGUUGAGGCCGAGGACCGCGCGAGCCAGGACACGCCGGUGCGGGCCAUCGUCGAAGGUUGGGACAGCGUCGAGCGGGCCGGCUUGAUGACGGAUUCAUGGCGUAAACUGCGGGUUCUCGAUGAUAUCUGCUUCUCAAAGUGCGGCGCCGUCGAGCGCUUGGCCGUGUUGAGGAUGAUGCACCUCCUCAUCUGUUGCCACGGCGAUCCCUCUCCAGAGCGCCUCGCUACGUUACCACGAUGGUACCGUAAGAGGCCCGGCAUCCGCGAGCGUUUCGUCUUCUCGCAACACCGCUACUGCACGAACCAGUUCUGGGAGCUCUUCCGCUCGAACCUCACCCUGGUCUGGCAGUUUGGCUUUGACGACUGCUUCAUGCAGAACACGGCGACGGGGCGCUUCGAGCUGGCGCCGCUCUUCGAGGAGCGCAUCCGCGACAUCAAGGCCUGGACCAUGAACGCCGACUUUCUCAACCAGUACCCCGAGCUCGCCGACGACAUACCCGUCUUCACCGGCAUCCCCGCCAAGCCGAGCACGCCGCGGAACGCCCUCGCGCAGCAGCAGGCGCGGUGGAGCACGACGCCGAGGCCCAUCAAGCGCGACGUCGACGAGCCGGCCGAGCUCGCGCCCCAACAGCAGCAGCAGCAGCAGCAGCAACAGCAGCGCCAGCAAGCCGAAGACGACCUGGCCAAGAGCUCGGCGCUCGUCGUCACGACGCAGGCGCCCGCGUUCGCCGACGACGAGUACAUGGCCCAGAGCCCCGACGUGCACGUCACCAUGGCCGGGCAGCCGACGUACGCCUACGACCAGUCCGGCGUCAUUGUGCCGACGACGCUGGCGCCGGCGGACCUCGGCCCGGGGGGGCAGCAUGUGUAUCCUGGCGGGUCGUGGUUUUACACAUACUGCCAGCCCGGCUAUACGUGA